AUGGCAGAAACCACAGAGGAAUUGAACGAGUUCUUCGCUGCGCCAUCAUCGGAGCUGAGGCCAGAAGUAUUGGGAGAACUCCAGUCCAUCUUACGGCUAUACUCGAUAUCCCCGCAGGAUCUCUUCUACAAAUGGGAGUCCUACAGUCUGAAGAUGGGAGCGGAGGACACAAGGCUAGAUCUAAAGACGGCGAGGAAUUUUAAGAAAGACAUACAAGACACUCUGGAGAGGGAGUCUCGAGGCAAAGCUCAUACGCGUGGGCAAGAGAAGAGAGGAGUCGGUGCUACACCUCGCGCUGCGGGCUCUUCUGAUGUUUUUGGGAUGCUUGACAACCUCAUACCGAACACGCCCGCUUCGAGGGCGGUCAACGGCAGCGCUGCCAAAAGAAAAUCCAACUUCGAGACACCUCUGGCAAAGGCUAGUAAGAAAGACAUCCGAAGUUCUCCUGGAGGACAUCAAACCCCUGAUACCGUAAAGGCCGCGGAUGCAGCACCCGUGACCUCCUUUGCCGAUCGAGCGAACGCCGGCCAAACAAUCGAAACACUCAAUGCCCAUAUCGAACUCCCACCUCCCUCCUUAAAUGGCCCCACAGAACCCCGCAUCAAAUUCAAAGCCAACACGGAGCUCACCAAAUUCGCCUACAAAACCUCCGCCAUGAAGCUGUCCGAAGCGUCCGAGAUCCUCGACGACCGCAUCGACGGGUUCCUGUCCCUCGUCCAACUCCACCACCAACUCGAAGACACCGCCUUCGGCAACCCCGCUGCCCAAAGUACGAGCGAGAUCAUAGCCGUCGGCCGCAUCGCCAGCGACACCGCAGAAGGGCGGCUCAACGCAGCCAGCCUGGUACUUGAAACCAGCAGACGCACCGGGGCCGGUUUGCGAGUACCCCUAAAAGUAGAGCAACUGCCCAGCUACGAGUUCUUCCCCGGCAAGAUCGUCGCGCUGCGCGGCAGCAACGCGAACGGCGACUACUUCACCGUCUCCGAAGAACUCAGCAUCCCGCUUCUCCCGCCCGCGGCCUCCUUCCCCGCCGAGCUGGACGCCUAUAACGCGCGCCUCGCCCCCACCACCUCUGCCGCCGACGACGACGAGGCCGCCGCAUCCACCUUCCCACGCCCCCUGACAGUCCUCAUAGCCUCUGGUCCCUACACCCCCGCCACAACCCUCGACUUCUCCGCCCUCACAGCCCUCCUCUCCACAGCCGCCUCCACAAAACCAGACGCCCUGAUCCUCUACGGCCCCUUCCUCGACGCCGAGCACCCGGCCGUCAUAAGCGGCGUCCUCGACCUCCCGGCCUCCUUCCCCAUCCAGCCGGACCAAGCAACCCUAACAGACGUCUUCCGGUACCACAUCUCGCUCCCCCUGUCCCAACUCCUCCAAUCCUCCCCCUCCACCAAUAUCAUCCUGGUGCCUGGUGUCAGAGAUGCAGUAGCCCGCCACGCCGCCUUCCCGCAAAACAAACUCGACAGGAAGGAGCUCGGCUUGCCGCGGGGCGUGCAGUGCGUCACGAACCCCGUCACCCUGAGCCUGAACGAGAGCGUCUGGGGUUUCAGCAGCCUCGAUGUCCUGGAUAUGGUGCGCAGGGAAGAAGUCGUGGGCGGGGCGGCGAAGGCGGAGAAUCUGUUUGUGAGGGCUGUGAGGGGGGUGGUGGCGCAGAGGAGUUACUGUCCUGUGUUUCCGCCUACGGCGAGGGAGGAUGGGGAGGAUGGGGAAGAGGGAAAGUGGUUGCCCAUGGGCGCGAUGCUGGAUACGAGUUAUUUGAAGCUGGCCGAGUGGUUGAAUGUUAGGCCGGAUGUGCUGGUUUUGCCGUCGGUGCUUACGCCGUUUGCGAAGGUGGUUGAAAGUGUUCUGACGAUUAAUCCUGGCACACUGAGCAAGAAGAGGGGGCCGGGUACGUAUGCGCGCGUUACGGUCUUACCGGCUGCUGUCAGUGAUGAGGAGAGGGAGAAGGGUGAGGUGUUGGGGCACAAGAUGUUUGAGAGGUGUCGGGUCGAUAUUGUAAGGAUAUAA